CGUAUUACCUAUAACAAUGAAUUGGAAAUAUUUGAGGCGACUUAUAUGUCAACCUUAGGCUGUUUGUAUCUGUAUAUAAUUAAGAAUCAGUUUGUCGUAUUUGAGGUACCUACUUCAGCAAAGUCACAAAGCGAAGUCACAGCGCCGUCUUUACUGGUUUGACUGUCCUAGAGCGUCCUUAUACUUGAGUAAAGUCACCAAAUUGGGACAACUGAUUAACAAAUGUCCACUUUUUUUGUUUUGGCGGUUUUAUUUGGCACCGCUACUCCUGGGCUAUGUGAUCGACCCAUAUAUAAUAUUGGUCACAUGGUUAACGGCGUUGAUCAAGUCGACGAAUGGUUGAGUUGCGGAGCAAAUGCACUUGAAGCAGAUGUUCAAUUUAAUAACAAGACAUGUGUCCCAAAAAAAUUUUACCAUGGGUUAAAUUGUAACCAUGGUCGGGAUUGUAACCAAGAGUCAGGUAUUUCUGAAUACGUGAACCUACUGAAAGAAAGAACAAAACCUUCCAGCGCAAAGUUCAACAAACAUUUGGUCUUAAUGAUGUUCGAUUGCAAGUUGUGGGAUAUGAAAAAAAAACGUCUUGCAAAAGCGGGGAAGAAAUUUGCUAAAGACGUUUUAAUACCAUUUUAUCACGAAAACCCCACCAAGAUGAAAGUGAUUAUCAGCAUUGCUGAUUUCUCAAGAGAAAAAUUCAUCUCCGGUAUCUUACGUCAUCUCAAAUCUAAACAGGCAGGGAUUAUCAAGAAGAUUGGUUUUGAAAUCAGUUCGGAAGACAAUUGUACUGAACCUCAUGAGCAAGAAAAAAGGUUAAAAAAACUUGGCGUCGCCCCAGGUCAUGCAUGGCUCAGCAGUGAGGACUCAAACAUAGGUCGAGAAUGCAAAACGAAAAAACUGAAGAAAAAGGUGGCAUGCAGGGAUAGAGGAAAAUAUUUUAGCAAAGUUUACACAUGGACAAUAGACAAUAUGAGGACAGCAAGAUGGUACCUUCAACUAGGGUUGGAUGGAAUAAUUAUGAAUCAUCCAGCUUGCAUGAACACAGCGAUUAAACUAAUUAACCAUGAAAGAAAGAAAGGUAUGAAAAUUAGAUUGGCAACUUUGGAUGAUAACCCGUUUGAAAAGUAUCAUGACAGGGAAGAAGCUAAAAGAAAAAUUCCAUAGGGUGUCUUUUUUUUUACUGCUCCUUGAUGUACAUACACUUGAUGUUUUGCCUAUUUUGAA